AUGUCGUCGGCAUCGAACAAGGCUUCUUGUUCUCGGAGCAGCUCCGGUCGCUCCAAGAACGGCGCCCGCCUGGUCGCGCAGACCACGGAGGAUGCGAGGCUCAACGCUGAGUUCGAGCAAUCGGAGCGGCCGUUUGAUUGCUCCUCCUCGAGUGGCGGCGCCGCCGCGGGCAACAGAUCGGGAGGCAGCGCGCCGUCGUCUGCCGCUGUGUCCGCUUAUCUCCAGAGGAUGCAGCGGGGAAACCUCAUCCAGCCAUUUGGGUGCGUGAUCGCGGUGGAGAACGGGACAUUCGCCGUCAUCGCCUUCAGCGAGAAUGCUCCCGAGAUGCUCGAUCUGGCCCCUCACGCCGUUCCCAGCAUCGAGCAGCGAGAGGCCCUCUCGAUCGGCACAGAUGCGCGCACCCUUUUCCGGUCUCAGAGCGCCGUCGCGUUGCAGAAGGCCGCCGCCUUUGGGGAAGUCAACCUCCUCAAUCCGAUUCUAGUGCAUUGCAAGAACUCUGGCAAACCCUUCUAUGCGAUCUUGCACAGGAAUGAUGUGGGUCUAAUCAUCGACUUGGAGCCCGUCAAUCCAUCGGAUGUGCCUGUGACGGCCGCCGGAGCGCUCAAAUCCUACAAAUUGGCAGCAAAAGCCAUAUCGCGGUUGCAGUCCCUGCCUAGCAGGAACAUCUCCCUCUUGUGUGAUGUCCUUGUCCGGGAGGUGAGGGAGCUCACUGGUUAUGACAGAGUGAUGGCCUACAAAUUCCACGAAGAUGAACAUGGUGAAGUCAUAUCCGAGUGUCGCAGGUCAGACCUGGAACCUUACCUGGGUCUUCAUUACCCUGCUACUGAUAUUCCUCAAGCUUCAAGGUUCCUAUUCCUGAAGAACAAGGUUAGGAUGAUCUGCGACUGCUCUGCCCAACCAAUUCGGAUAAUCCAGGACAAGAGGUUGGCCCAGCCAUUGAGUCUGUGUGGGUCUACCCUCAGGGCGCCCCAUGGAUGCCAUGCUCAGUACAUGGCUAACAUGGGUUCCAUUGCUUCCCUCGUCAUGUCUGUCACAAUCAAUGACGACGACAUCGACCAUGGCGGCGAGCAACCGCAGAAGGCCAGGAAGCUUUGGGGACUGGUGGUGUGCCACCACACCAGCCCUAGAUUUGUCCCAUUUCCGCUCAGAUAUGCUUGUGAAUUCCUGAUGCAGGUCUUUGCGGUCCAAUUGAACAAGGAGGUAGAACUAGCUGCUCAGACAAGGGAGAAACAUAUCCUAAGGACGCAGACAGUUCUCUGCGACAUGCUCCUCAGGGAUGCGCCUGUGGGGAUCUUCACGCAGUCACCUAAUGUUAUGGAUCUUGUGAAGUGCGAUGGUGCAGCACUUUACUAUCGAAACCAGUUCUGGUUGCUCGGAGUGACACCUGCAGAGGCGCAGAUUAAGGAUAUCUCUGGGUGGCUCAUUGAUUCCCACAAUAAUACUACUGGUUUAAGCACUGACAGCCUCUCUGAAGCAGGUUAUCCGGGUGCUUCAUCUCUGGGUGUUGCUGUGUGUGGAAUGGCCGCUAUAAAAAUCACCAGCAGGGAUUUCAUAUUCUGGUUCAGGUCCCACGUAGCAAACGACAUAAAGUGGGGAGGAGCGAAGAACGAUCCCAUCGCCAAGGGAGAUGAAGGCAGGAAGAUGUACCCUCGCUCUUCGUUUGAGGCGUUCUUGGAGGUGGUGAAGCGGCGGAGUCUUCCAUGGGAAGACAUAGAGAUGGAUGCCAUCCAUUCCUUACAGCUCAUCCUGCGGAGCUCCUUGAAGGAUGAGCUUGAGAAUGACAGCUCGAAGGCCAUCGUGAACUUCAUCUCAGAAGAUGCGAAGAGGAUUCAAGGCGUCGAUGAGCUGCGAACGGUGGCUAAUGAGAUGGUCCGCCUCAUUGAAACGGCCACAGUUCCUAUCAUAGCUGUCGACACCAUGGGGAACGUGAAUGGAUGGAACGUCAAAGCAGCAGAAUUGACAGGAUUGCCUGUGGAGAAGGCCAUCGGCACACCUCUAGUAGAUCUGGUUGAGGAUGAAUCUGUUGAAGUUGUCAACAACAUGCUUUCCUUGGCGCUCCAAGGUGUUAUCGCAUUCCUGCACAUUCUUUCCAUUUCCUUUUCGCUGCGUCUAGAUGCUUUCUAUGAGCUGUUCUAACUCCCAUGCUUGCUUCAUGGCAGACAAGGAGGAGCAUGAUGUCGAGAUGAAAUUGAAAAGCUUCAGUUCCGAAGAAAAUGCUGCCCCCAUCAUUCUACUCGUGAAUGCCUGCUGCAGCCAUGACGGGAGGGGUAAUGUCGUCGGUGUCUGCUUCGUUGCGCAUGAUAUCACAGGGGAGAAACUAAUAUUGGACAAGUACACCCGCAUCCAGGGAGAUUAUAUUGCCAUAAACAGUAAUCCCAACACUCUCAUCCCUCCGAUAUUUAUCAUUAACGAGUUCGGCUGCUGCAUCGAGUGGAAUGCGCCGAUGCAGAAGCUCACUGGUCUGAAAAGGGAGGAUGCUGUGGAUAAGAUUCUGGCCGGGGAGGUUUUCAGUGUUCAGAACUUCGGAUGCCGGGUCAAAGAUUGUGACAUGUUGACGAGGCUGAGGAUCGUCUUGAAUGGAUUGAUAGCAGGGCAUGAUUCUGAGAAGCUGCACUUUGGGUUUUUUAGCACAAAUGGUAGAUAUGUGGAAGCAAUACUUUCCGCCACCAAGAGGACCAACUCUGAGGGGAGGGUCACGGGGGUGUUCUGUUUCCUGCAUGCGGCGAGCUCGGAGCUUCAGCACGCUCUGCAGCUGCAAAGAAUGUCGCAAGAAGCUGAGGCAAAGUACCUAAAGGGACUGGCCUAUGUCCGCAGGGAAGUGAGAAAUCCUCUCCAAGGCCUGACAUUUACUCGCAGUUUGAUGGAAGCCUCUGAUCUGACUGCGGAGCAGAAGCGGCUUCUAAGAACGGCCACUCUGUGUCAGGAGCAGUUGGCGAAGAUCGUAGAUGACAUGGACUUGGAGAGCAUUGAGGAGUGGUAUAUACUUCAUCCUAUCUCAAUCUCUCCAUUCUGGGUAGCUAAAAAUUUCUCAUUUAACUGCUGUUAUUUCUGCUGCAUUCGUCUCUUGGUUUCCAAUCAGCUACAUGGAGAUGAGCAACGGUGAAUUUAACCUCGGCGAGUCCCUGGAGGCCGUCAUGAGCCAGGGGAUGGCUAUGAGCAAGGAGAAAGAAGUAGCCCUCGUCCUCGAAGCGCCUGUUGAAGCAUCCCGCCUGCGCCUGUAUGGGGACAAUCCGCGGCUCCAGCAAGCCCUCGCGGACUUUCUUCUGAAUGCACUCCGUUUCACAUCACCAUGCGAAGGGCCUGUCAUGCUGCGUGUUACCCCAAGAAUCGAAAGGAUCGGAACGUCGAUGCAGAUUGCCCACCUCGAGUUCAGGUGGCCCUGUUGCAAGAUCGGCAUUGUCUUCCUCAUUUCGAUGCAAUCAUCUGACUGAAUCGUAUGUUUUCCCCAGGAUUGCACACCCGGCACCGGGAAUCCCGGAUGCGCUGAUUCAGGAGAUGUUCCACCACAAAAAGGAGAUAUCAAGAGAGGGGCUCGGCCUGUACAUCAGCCAGAAGCUGGUGAAGAUCAUGAGCGGCACGGUGCAGUAUCUCAGAGAGGCUACCAGCUCCUCCCUCAUCGUCCACCUAGAGUUACCCGCGGUUAACCUUGGCGAGCCAUGA